UAAUGUAAACUGUUGAAGUGAUCCAUGGUAACAGGCUUCGGCACUGCUGCAACUAGUCAACCUGACGUACACACAAGAGACGCUGGAUUCUACAGCCUGGCUCUCUCUUCUCAGAAAAUCGGGACAAAAAGUGGUUCACUCGCAAUCAGAAAGAUUCCUUUUUUUAAUCAUUGACUGAGAACAGCGAACUCUGUCAGGCAGAUAGCUGCGCUGUAUGACUGUUUGAAACAAUCCGCUGGUGGUCUACGGAUUACAUAGGAAGGAAUUUCAGGAAUUCGAAUGCCAAAACACAGACUUCAGAUGUGUUAUGCCAGCGGAGGUAGUCUAACUAGCUAUGAAUGUAGAGCACUGCUGCAUUAAAAACAGCACUAUGAUUGAAAUUUUAUGUUAUGAUAAUUUUACGGCAGGGUUCAAAGAAUAAGGGUGAUAGGUAGCUAGAGUUAACGAAACAAAAUUCCAUUCUCUUUCAUUCGGCUUAGCUAUAUCAACUCAUCAUAAAAUGGCACAUUUACACAGCUAGCUGGGGGAGCUAGCUUUUUGGUCUUGAUGCAAAAGCGCUACAACAGAGAGCAUCGUCUGCCUGCUUUUCCCCGCUGCGGUCUUUGAGCUGUCCUAACCAUUGUGUCGAUAAUACUGUAUAAUAUAAUCAUAUAGUAACAGCAUUUGAAGGAUCGUGAAGAUGGCGACUGGAGCGAGUUGGCAGCAGUACUAUAGUCCUGCCGGCAAUCCAUCCACCACCGGAGCAGGGAAAUAUAAUUCUGCUACAACAUCGACCAUGUCUUACCAAUCGGGCAUAACCCUGGAAUAUACCCAAGAUUUGCACCUGAAAAUGAGCAAGAAAAUAGCACAGCUUACCAAGGUGAUCUACGCCCUGAACACCAAGAACGACGAGCACGAGGCGGCCAUCCAGACGCUGAAGGAGGCCCACGAGGAGGAGGUGCAGCAGAUCCUUUCGGAGACGCGGGAGAAGAUCAUGCAGUACAAGAGCAAGAUCAGCGACGAGAUGGACCUGAAGCGCCGCAUCCAGUCGCUGGAGGAGUCCAUGGAGCUGCACGAGCGCAUGAAGCGGCAGGCGCUGGCCGAGUUCGAGACCUACCGGCAGCGCGUGGAGGACAUGCAGCUGUGCACCGAGGCGCAGCACACGCAGCGCGUGGUCACCAUGUCGCGCGAGGUGGAGGAGAUGCGCCGCAGCUUCGAGGAGAAGCUGCGCUCCUUCGGCCAGGUGCAGGCGCAGUUCGAGCAGGAGAAGCGGCAGGCCCUGGAGGAGCUGCGCGCCGCCCACCGGCAGGAGAUCCAGGAGCUGCUGCGCAGCCACCAGAGCCAGAACGCCAACUACAGCAAGGACCAGGAGAAGCUGAGCCAGCUGCACAAGGCCGAGGUGGAGUCGCUGACCGAGCGCGUGGAGGAGCUCAAGCAGGACAAGAAGCGGCUGGUGGACGAGUACGAGGCCAAGCUGAGCAAGGCCCAGGGCUUCUACGAGCGCGAGCUGGAGGCCAUGAAGCGCACCCAGCAGCUCACCGCCGAGAACCUGCUGGCAUGGAAGAAGACGGAGGCGGAGCUGAGGAAGGAGUUCCAGGGCCAGGAGGCGGCGCUGCAGAAGACCCUGGGGAAGCUCCGCGCGGAGCUGCAGAGGGUCCAGGAGGAGGCGAGAGAGAGCCGCGAGAAGUCCGUCCGGCUGCAGGCCUCGCUCAACACCGCAGAGAGCAACAUCAAGGAGCUGCACAAGCAGCUGGAUGAAGCCGCUCAGGACAUGGAGAUCGUGGAGAUCCGGCAGAAGGAGACGGAGUGUGAGCUGGAGGCCACCCGUGACCGGGUGCAGCAGCAGGCCACUGAGAUCCUCCUCAAAGCCAGCCACAUCGGCAGUCUGCAGGCCACCCAGAUGACCCACGAGGCAGCCAUCCGAGACCUGGAGUCGGAGAAGGCCCGGCUGAAGGACAAGGUGCUGCGUCUGGAGGAGGAGAGAGGCGCUCUGCAGAGCAAGAGCCAGGCCCUGGACGAGCGGCACCGGCAGCAGAUCCUCUCCCUGGAGAAGACCCUGCGAGAGGAGAAGCAGGUGUAUGAGAAGGAGAUGAUGAACAUGCGUGCCAAAUACGAGGAGGACGCGGCCCAUUUCAGGGAGGCCCAGACGCGCGCUCUGGAGGAGCUGUCCAAAAAGCACCGCGCCACGCUGGAGAGCACGCAGAACGCUGCCGAGAGGGAGAAGAAGCGACUGCUGGCUGAGAUGGAGCAGCGGUUUGAGAACGAGCGACUCUCAUUGGAGGAGCAGAAGAACCGCCUCCGCCAGCAGCUUGACAGCCUGAGGGAGGAGCUUACCGCCAAUCUGAACACAGCCAAUCAGGAGGUGAGUCGCCUGCAGGAGCUGGUGAAGCAGGGGGAGCAGGGCCUGGGCUCGGCGGAGGGCCACAUCUCUAGCCUGAAGGAGGCGCAGGAGAAGCUGCUGGUGGAGCUGGACGUCACCCGGGCCAGGCUGAGGGAGACCAGCAACCUGCUCACUGCCCUGCAGGGUGAGAUGGAGACCCAGAAGCAGCAGCACGAGGCCAAGCUGAUCACCACCAGGGAGGAGGAGAAGAUGAAGAUGGACAAGAUGGCGCUGGAGCUGGAGCUGAAGUGGACGGAGACCCUGAGGCAGGAGUGCAAGAAGCUGCGGGAGGAGCUGAAGGAGGAGCACGAGGAGGACAAGCGGGCCGCCCUGACGCAGCUGGCGCAGAGCAAGGAGCAGGAGCUGGGCGCGGCCCGGGAGGGCUGGCAGCGCAAGGUGGAGGACCUCCUGGAGCAGAUCUCGCUGCUGAAGCAGAGCCUGGAGAUGCAGCUGUCGCAGUCGCAGAGCUCCCUGCAGCAGCUGCAGGCACAGUUCAAGCAGGAGAGGGAGCACCUGAGCCAGCAGCUGCAGGAGCUGCAGCUGGAGCACCAGCACCGGGAGAGCAGCCUGCAGGAGGCGCACUGCUGCGCCAUGCAGGACCUGGAGGAGGCCCGCCAGCAGGACCUCAAGGAGCUUGAGGAGCGUCUGAGGCAGCAGCACCACAUGGAGCUCCAGUCUCUGAGAGAGGCCCACAGGCAGAGCAUCGAGACACUCAAGCAGCAGUCGGAGCAGGAGCUGCAGACCCUGCGCUUCGAGCUGGAGGACGAGGGCAAGGCCAUGCUGGCAUCCCUCCGCUCCGAGCUGAACCAUCUCCACGCCUCGGCCAUCGAGCACCUGCGCCAGACGCACCAGCAGGAGACCGCGGCCGCCAAACUGGAGCUGGAGCACGCCCUGGAGCAGAGCCGAGAACAGGAGAGGGAGCUGCUGGGGCGUAUCUCGGACCUGCAGGAGGAAGUGACCCGCAGGAAAAAUCACAUUGCCGAUCUGGACCACGAGAUCCACUCGCUGAACGAAAACAUCAGCAAACUCACCAAGGAGCUGGAGCUGAAGGGCAAGGAGGUGCUGAAGAUACGCAGUGAGGCCAAUCAGCAGAUCAGGGCCCAUGAGCAGGACCUGACAAAGAAGCACGAGAGGGAGAUGGCAGAGAUGAGUGCUGCCCACAGCCGAGAAACCCAGAACAUGCUGUCAGAUUUCAACAAGGCCCAGGAGCUGCUGAAGGACAAGAUCUCUGCACUGCAGAUCCUGCUGGAGGGGACGGAGGAGAAGUUCCGGAACCGGGAGAGCCGACCUGAGGACCUGCAGGUAAUCGCCGAGCUGAAGGACAUGGUGGCCGAGCGAGAGUCCCUCGUCAAGAAGCUGGUGGAUGAUAAGAAGUUUUACCAGCUGGAGCUGGUGAAUAGAGAGACUAAUUUCAACAAAGUGUUCAAUGCGAGUCCCAAUGUUGGUGUAAUUAACCCUCUCAUCAAGCAAAAGAGAAAGAAUGACAAAUCAGCAAACAGAUUCAGCAGUUCUCCAAAUCUAAGGGCUCUGGAGUCCAUGGGGACUGGGAGCGGGCCCCCCCAGCCUAACCGCCUAGAGCCCAUCCCAAACUCCCCCAUUCACCACCAUGAGCUCAACACUAGCAAACCUCUGCCCCCACCGACCCCUCCGACAGAGCCCAAGAAAUUCAUGAGCCCUCCUGAGACAGAAGAAUCACCCGCCUCCUCCCCAGACCCGCAGAGACAGGAGUGGUUCGCCCAAUACUUCACCUUCUGACUUUCGCAACUGAAGAGCAUGUCAACCAAAAAAAAAAAAAAAAC